CCAUUGGAGCAGCUGCCCCACAGGGCCAGGGCAGAUUCUCCAUCAUGUGCCCGCUGUCAGUCAAGACAGGACGUCCUUCCAAAUCUAGCACAGCCGGACGUGAGGGGCUUGAGGCAGGCAUUGCUGGGUGCUGGAAGAUGGGCUGCUUCUCAUUCCUGAAGCUGAUGAUGUUUGUGUUCAACGGCGUUAUAUUUCUGAGCGGGUUGGCCGUGCUGGGCAUUGGCAUCUGGGUGAAGGUGGAUGGAGGCUCCUUUGUGCAGAUCCUGGGGGCCGCCGCGCCCCAGCUGAUGCAGCUGAUCAACGUGGGGUACCUGUGCAUCGCUGUCGGCACCUUCCUGCUGCUCAUGGGGUUCCUGGGCUGCUGCGGGGCCAUGAAGGAGAGCAAGUGCAUGCUGCUGCUGUUCUUUGUCAUUAUCCUGAUUCUCUUCAUCGCGGAGGUCGCGGGGGCCGUCGUAGUCCUCGCCUUCUCUUCCGUGGCUGAUAUAUUCAUUGAGCACCUGAAAAACUGGGCUGUGAAAACCCUACGAGAGGAUUACGGGAGGCGGGACGAUGUGACUGCAAUCUGGGACACAACCAUGAAGGAGCUGAAGUGCUGUGGCUUCAACAACUACAAGGACUUCAACAGCUCCUACUUCUACCAAACUCACAGCCAGACUUAUCCCACGGGCUGCUGCCUGCCGCCCAAGCAUGAAUGCCUGGAAUCUGAACUGGACAGCACCAAGCAGGGCUGCUUGCAUGAGUUCCAGACCUUCCUGAGCAGGAACGGGAGGAUCGUUGGAGGGGUGGCGUUAGGAAUCGGUGUGCUUGAGCUGGCAGCAAUGGCCGUUUCCCUGGUUCUGUAUUGUCAGAUCGGGACAAACGCCUGAAAAACGAGAUUUCCACCGGAAACACAAACCGCCUCUCCUGCCGUCCAUAACGCCUCCUGCCUUUGCCUCUUCCCGAUGUUCGCUGCGAGAGAAACCAAACUUUUCUUAUUCAUAACUAAUCACUGAUAUUUCCUGUCAAUCUGUAAUAGCACUGAGCAAUCAGAUGGAUACGACGCCACUGAGACUACAGUGAAAAUUGGGAUGGUAUCUUUUCCAUGCUAUUUUUUGUGUAUGUUUCAAUGAUAAAUUCGAUCUGAUUUGUUUUUCUUGUGUGCUCAACAAGCAAUUAGCUUAAAGGUGGCAGUCUAAACAUCUAAAAGCAGAGAAUGAAACCAACAUGCCCCCUACCACGUGUUAUUGUAGACCCUACCCAAAACACGCACUGACUGAGGAUCAUUUAUGUAGCUCUUACAGUACUUCCUUUCAUUUGUCACAUGCUAUGAGCAGUGACACAGUGAGCCAUGUUGACGUUUUAACGUACUCUCAUUGCGUCUGAGUUGCAAUGAAAAGGGCAGGUCACCCCUUUCAGAGUGACUGAUUCAGGCUCUCUGCAAACUCAGGCAGAUGUCACUGCAUCGGUUACUUCACAUUUUGAAGGUUUUCUUUGCAGCCGUAACAGCUAGAGACUGGCUCCCUCCCCCCUUCUUUUAAUGAAAGCAGAGACUUGGGGGAAUAAUUCUGAAUUCCAUUCAUCCCUCUGUGCUCACUACAGCUUUAAACAUGCCUGACAAUCUGAGAAACACUUCAACGAUGCACUGUUACUGAUGUAGCACAUCACAAACUUGAAUUCUAAUGAAAUAUUUCAUCUCCCUUUUCCCUCCCUCGUGUGUGUUUGGAAAAGAUCAAGUCAACAAUGUGUCAUUGGUUUUCUGCA